GACAAGUGUGACAAAAUGACGUUUUAAUAUUUUUUUUAUCUCCUCUCCUCUCUCCUGUUUUGUCUUGCCUGUUGGUUUAUAAAUAAGGUUGUGCUGUUUUACGUUGAAUUUUAUAGGAAAAAAUAACAAGGCAAUAUGAGCAGACGUGAAGAGAAAGAAGAUGAGGAAAGGAAUUACUUGCAAAAUCUUGAUAAAACGACUCUCAUACAGGAGGCGAGAUACUUCAACUCCACCCCAGUAAAUCCACGGAAAUGUGUGCAUAUUCUCACCAAGAUAAUAUACCUCAUAAACCAAGGCGAGGAUUUAACGACACAAGAAGCUACCGAUUUGUUCUUCGCUACCACCAAAUUGUUUCAGUCGAAAGAUGUUGUGUUACGUAGACUGGUUUACUUGUGUAUCAAAGAGCUUAGUUCUUUAGCUCAGGAUGUGAUUAUUGUGACUUCAUCUUUGACCAAAGAUAUGACCGGUCAGGAAGAUCUGUACAGAGCUGCUGCUAUAAGAGCCCUGUGCAGCAUUACAGAUAGUAGUAUGCUGCAAGCUAUAGAAAGGUACAUGAAGCAAGCUAUAGUGGACAAGAAUCCAGCAAUCAGCUCUGCGGCCCUUGUGUCUGCACUUCAUUUGUCUGCCACUGUGCCUGACUUAGUGAAGCGAUGGGUCAACGAGGCGCAGGAGGCAAUCACAUCAGAGCAAGUCAUGGUUUCCUAUCACGCCUUGGCUGUAGUCGCCGGCGCUCGAAGAAAUGACCGUUUAUCCACGGUGAAACUCGUCACCAAGCUGACCCGCGCCCCCUUGCGCUCGCCCUACACACUCAGUUACCUCAUUCGUCUUGCUGCUAAAAUCGUUGACGAAGAUCCUGACGCCUCAGACCCUCUGGACUUCCUGGAGUCUUGCUUACGUCACAAGUCAGAAAUUGUCGUGUAUGAAGCUGCCCACGCUCUUUUGAACUUGAAAAAGCAAACCAAAAGUCUCGCGCACGCCGUAUCUGUUCUACAAAUAUUUUGUGGUUCUUCCAAAGCGACUUUACGUUUAGCCGGGGCUCGUACCUUAGCCAAGCUCGCUAUCAAACAUCCCAAUCUGGUCGCUAACUGUGCUGCCGACUUAGAAAAUCUGAUUUCAGACUCCAACCGUUCCGUUGCGACUCUGGCUGUGACCACUCUCCUUGCCACCGGCGCCGAAAGCUCUAUCGAUCGUCUAAUGAAGCAAAUAUCAGGUUUCAUGUCCGAAAUCCCAGACGAGUUUAAGAUAGUUGUUGUUAAUGCGAUAAGGUGCUUGUGCUCCAAGUAUCCGCGUAAGCACCACUCACUCUCCACAUUCCUAGCCGGAAUGCUCCGCGACGAAGGAGGCUUGGAAUAUAAAACUGCCAUCGCCGAUGCACUGAUCGCUCUUAUUGAAGAAAAUCCGGACGCGAAGGAAACAGGUUUAGCUCAUCUUUGCGAGUUCAUUGAGGAUUGCGAACAUACUUUUUUGGCUGUGCGGAUUUUGAAUGUUUUAGGUCGUGAAGGGCCGAAAGCCCGCCAGCCGUCGAGGUAUAUUCGCUACAUUUACAACCGUGUGAUCUUGGAGAACGGGCCGGUCCGCGCGGCCGCCGUGGCCGCCGUCGCCAGAUUCGGGGCGGCGCGCCCGGAGCUGCUGCCCAACAUCCGGGUGCUUCUCUCCCGCUGCCAUUUGGAUGACGACGACGAAGUUCGCGAUCGCGCCGUAUUUUACAGCGCAAUAUUGGAUUCCGGUGACCAACAACUUAUCAACGACUAUAUUCUUAACAUACCGAUGCCCAAUACAGUUUUGCUCGAACGUGCACUCAACGAUUACCUCGCUUCUGAGGAUGCGGGUAAUGAGCCAUUCAAUAUUGAUUUAGUCCCGGUCGAAGAAGAAGUGGAGAAAGCCAAGGAGACGCCUGUGGAAAUUGAAACUCGCAAAGCACCAAUUGUCUCUCUAGAAGAGAAAUAUGCCGACGAGUUGAAAGUCGUUCCGGGUAUUGAGAAUUUCGGGCCUAUAUUCAAAACGUGCGAAGCUGUUGAUUUGACAGAGCCCGAGACAGAAUACCGAGUGUGUUGUGUGAAGCAUGUAUUCGCUAGACAUGUUAUACUUCAAUUUGAAUGUUUAAAUACUCUGAGCGACCAACUACUUGCGAAAGUUCACGUGCGUCUGGACGCUAUUCCCGGUUACGUAAUGCACAGCGAGGUGCCGUGCGGCCAGCUGCCUUACAACAAACAGGGGAGCGUCUUCUGUGUUUUAGAAUUCCCUGAGAACCCAAUCGAAACCCUCGGCUCGUUCGGGGCCACGCUAGAGUUCGUCGUGCGAGACUGCGACGCCACGACCGGCCUGCCCGAUGAGGGCGAGGGCUACGCUGAUACGUAUCCUUUAGAGGAGAUCGAGAUGGGAUGUGCCGAGCAGUUCAGAUUUCGGCCAGCGACGGAUGAUUGGGAGGCGGCGUGGGAGAGAGCGGCUUCUGCCCCCGAAGCCAGCGAUACCUUCGCGUUGGCCCAGACUGACGCUGGAGUGGCAGCUUUGGCCGUGUGCCAGCAUUUGGGUCUCUCCCAAGCGGCCGUUAGUGGGGACGCGGUGAAGGACAUCAAGGGCGGGGGUAUAUGGCGGGAAGGAGCCCCCAUUCUGAUCCGGGCGCGCCUGGCGGCCGCGCAGGGGGCGGUCACCAUGCAGCUACUCGUCCGGUCCACUCGGCAAGAUGUCGCUACUCUCCUUCUAACAGCUGUGGGUUAAUUCUCCAUUUCGUUUCAGGAUAUUAAUACAUAUCAAAGGCGAAUAACGUUCUAAACUAAUUUCAAUAUACAAGUUUUACUUUCUUAGUUUAUUCUUUUUCAUUUAUGUUUUUUAAUGUUUUCCAACCUAGCUUAAUUUAUGGGGUUUUCUUAAAAAUAUUAUGUAAUUAAUUAAUAGUUUUUAUUCAGUGAAACAAAUCCACAGAAUAUAUUUCGUGGUGUUUAGUAUGUACUAUUAGCAGUUUUAUAUAUUAAUUAAUUCAUUAUAACUUACGCCCACAACUAUUUCGAACCUUGAGGGCUCUAAAAUAAAGUUGAUGUUUUUAUCUUUAAGUAAGUAUAUGCUGUUUGACUGCCUGUCUAUGAGACCAGCCUAAGUGUAAUAUUAAUGUUUACAUUUUACAGUAUGUACCUAUAUAAUAUGAUUAAACAUAAGAAUUAUACAACAUUUGCUAUUACAUUUAACCAAGUGGCAUUAGAGUAUUCCAAUAAGUAAGGCAUUAUGUAUUGAAACCUCGUAAGAGUAUUUAGGUUAGGAUUCAUUAUGUAACCUUUUAUUCGAAAUGAAUUGCGUUCCUGUGCCUUUUCUCAGUAACUUGCUGAAGUUGAAUACAGUCAGCAAUCAAUUAGUCUGAAUUGAAGUACCCAAUUACAAUCUGAUUAGGUACUUAUUUUUAUUAUCUAUGGUCAGCCAUGUUAUUUAUAUAAUUGUAGCAAAGUUCCAAUCGAUGUAUUCCAAUCUCUGUAAAUGUACACUAGCUAUAGGUCAACUUAAUUUCCGGGCCUACACUAAUUUACUCUUAUUUAAGUACUCGUACCUACCAGAUACAUUAUGUUAUUUACCAUAUUUUAUUCUUCCUAUUUUUUACAAUUGAGUAUGACACUACAUUGUUAUUUGGUUUCAAGAAAUAUAAUUUGAUGUUGUCUUAAAA